AUGGUAGAGAGUAGAUGUGGUCAUCUGGAUGGGACUGGUGACUACAGCCUUGUGGAGGAGCCGAGGACAAUAGUGCUAGCUCUGGACUAUGAUCCUGUACAAAACAAAGUGUACUUUGCCAGUACGGUACUGAGGCAGAUUGACCGGGCUGAUUUGGACUGCGGGUCCUGGGAAGUUCUGCUCACUGAGGGGUUGGACUCACCAAAGGGCCUGGCUGUGGACUGUGUCAACUGCAAGCUCUACUGGGCUGACUGAGGCCUCUCAACUUUAGAUCGCAGCACUUUCGAUGGCAUCAACAUAGAGAACGUUGUUAGCAAUGGGAUACAGAAACCAAGGGGAAUUGCCGUUCAUCCUUUAGCCAAGGCGUUGUUCUGAACCGAUAUGGGUACCAGGCCUGUGGUGCAGAGUGCGUCUUUGGAAGGAAGUGACCAUUCGGUCAUUGCUGGCGCUGACUUGUUGUCCCCUAGUGGUCUGACCAUUGACUUCACUGAAGACAGGCUGCACUGAUGUGAUAGCAAGAGUGGUGUAAUGGAGACGGCAUCCCUGUAUGGCUCCAACCGACGAGUCCUGACAGAGAACAAUGUAGAUGAGGCUUUUCCAUCGUCUCUUCUGGUUGGUCCGUUGUGGGUCACGGCCUGGAAGCAGCAGCUGCUCCUGAGCGUUUACAAGCGGACCAGGAUGAACCCAGAGCUCCAACUGGCAUCCAUAGUGGUGGUUUACCCACUUGCCAAGCCAGGAGCAAAUGUUUGCUAUCAAAAUCAGAGCUGUGCGCAGGUGUGUGAGAGCAGGCAUUUGGUAUUAAGAGAUAAGUUUGCUCUGCUCAUGCUUUUUCCUACAGAUUCUGAAGAUGGUGAUUCUGCAUACCAGUUCUCUCUGAAAAACCAAACAUUGAAUGAUGAGAGCAUGCCGCUCUUCAUGCCUGUUCUCUCCUCUGAUGAGGAGGAGGCAGAGGGCAACAUGGACAAAGAGAGUGAGCCCACACUCUUCCCUGAAAAGAUGGUGUCAGAUAAAAACCAGGCAACAUCCUUGCACUUACAGACCAGGAUGACUAAAUGUCUGCUGGAUGGAGGCAACCCCACCUGCCACUGCCUGGAAGGCUUCACUGGGGAUAGAGAGCUGUGUGUGGACCUUGAUGAGUACAUGUUGGGGAAGGCCCUGUGUAGUAGCCAGAGCUCCGUGUGUCAACACAGCCGGUGGAUAUGCGUUUCAUCAUUUCAUCAUUUUCAUGUCGUUUUCACUACCCAUCUAGAUAUUGACGAGUGUAAAAUGAGAACACACAAAUGUGACAAGCGAGCUGAAUGCAUGAAUACUAUGGGGUAGGGCUGCAAGUGUCAAACUGGCUACAGUGGGAAGGUGCAGCACUACAUUCAUAUAACAACUACGUCCUUGUUUGUGACCACCAGUAGCCAUAUUGACAACACCAGCCAGUGGCUGAACACCAACACAGUGGAGAGCUGCCCCUCAUCUCAUGAUACUUACUGUCUCUGUGAGGGAGUCUGCUUUUACUUCGCAGAGAUAGAGUCCUACACCUGCAACCAAGUCCCCCUAUCUACCUCCUUCUUUGUCUAUGGCUACAUGUGCGAGCGCUGUCAGUUCAGUUAUCAGGAGUGGUGGGAGCUGCAGCAGGCCAAACAGGAGAAGAGGAGGAACAUGGCCAUCGCCCUGGGCAUGCUGGUCCUCAUUCCACUACUCUCCAUCACUGCCUGCGUCAACUACUGCUACAGGUGCAAGGGGAAUGGGGGGGCGGGAGGCUGGAGGAACGGGGUGAGAGGGGAACGAGGACUCAAGAGAAGGAACGAGUGCUCCUGUGGAUCGGCUACGAUGGAGACCAACAAGAAGGGCGCCAACCACCUCAAGUCCAUCGACAACCUCAUCUUCCUGGACGACCCUCAGCCCGCCCCCACCGUGACACAGCCCCCAAACCCACCAAACGAGAACCAAAGAACACACUCUGGAACCUGGAGAUUGCUAGCAUGGAAUCAAAACUGA